AUCCUUCGAGAAACUAUGGCCGAGGCUCUGACAGGGAGAGAUUACGGACCAGAGGUUGGUCAGCUGGCCAAGGACUUGACUGAGCAGGUGAAGAGAAAAGCCCGCGACCAGGGCCCAGCCCGCUAUAAGUACGUGUGCCUGGUGUCAAUCGGCCCCGUGGGUCACAGCGCCCUGUGUGUGGCUAGCCGCUGUCUUUGGACUCCCUCCACCGACACCUUCGCCCAGCACAGCUUCCACAACUCCUCCCUCUACGCCACGGCCGUACUCUACGCCAUAUACGCCGAGUGACUCUCUCUCUCUACGCCACGGCCGUACUGUACGCCAUAUACGCCGAGUGACUCUCUCUCUCUCUACGCCACGGCCGUACUGUACGCCAUAUGCGCCGAGUGACCCUUGCCAAAGGACUGUCCCCGUGGUUUUAUGCACUCCGCAUAAUCUAGCAAAAUUUCAUCAUUUUUUGUGCCUAAUUUCUGAUUAUU